ACUUUUACUUAAAUCGCCGAAAAAGAAAGGUUCAAAAUAUAAAGAAGAAAUUUAUUGUUUGUUUAUAUUUCCCCCUCUCAGCUCUACUUGCAGUGAUCUAUUAAGAGUUAUGCUAUUACUAUGAAGUUGUUACUUACUUGUUCAGUCAUCCUAUUACUACCAUUUUUAGGAGAAGCUGUUUUUGAUGUAGAUAAGUGUUUCCAAAACGAAGUUGAUUUCUUUCCUAUCGAAGCUUCAACAGCUUUUGAAAAUAUUGAUUCAUUAUCAUCAUGCCAGCUAAAAUGCUUAACAAUUGAAGGGAUUUGCAGGUCUAUCUGGUACAAUGAAACCAAUCGAAUAUGUUAUAUUCUUAAAGAUUGGUUUUAUAACGGUCAUCCCGAACUAUUUUCCAAUAAGCUUAGACCAGUAAAGAAAAGAAAUUUUAUAUGUCAACCGGAUUGCUAUAUGGUGAAAGCAACUUUACCAUUUUCACCAAGAAUCGAUAAACUGGUAAAGUUUAUGACAAAUUCAUCUGAAGAAUGUCGAAUUCUACCUCUAAUCAUGUCAAAUCAAAACUUUCUUGUUGCCGAUUAUUUACCUGACGAGAGCGCAUGUAUAUUAAGACAAGGUCGACAUUCCAUGGGAGAGGAUAAAUAUUCGUAUGAGAAAAAAUGCAAUUAUAUCAAUGCCUGCUUUGACAAGACAUCAAAUAAGUUGUUAAAAACUAGUAAAACUGUUAUAAAGUUAACUAAAACAUUCGAGAAUUGUGUGUAUUCUUGUCUAACAUCUGAAGUUAAUUCGUGCAAAUACUUUAAUUAUGCAAAGGAGAAUCAAUUGUGUUUUUUGUAUAAGGGAGAUAAAACCGAUUAUGUUGAAACUAAAGUAGGAUGGGAUUUCUACGAAAAAAAGAGCUUUUGUAAAAGCCACUGUACAUUCAAUCAAACGACACCGCCUCAAAAUGGUACUAUUGCUCAAAUAACAAUAAAGAAGCCGGUAUUCUCGACUUUACACUGCUUAAUUAUCUGUUUAAGUAGUCUAAUGGGUUGCAAAUAUAUAACCUAUGAUCCAAAGACCUUUUCUUGUUAUUUGAGCUAUGCUGACGAACAAUUUCCUCGUGGAGCAAUUUUCGAAAAGGAGGGAGGUAAAUGUACGACUGUUAAGGAGAAACUGAUGAAUAAGCUUAAAUAUAAGAAAGGAAUGACUUUACUAUCAAAAUUAUGUUUAAACGAUGAAAGAGAAAGCGUAGAAAAUCAUCCUUGUUUUAAACCCUACUACUUUCGUGGGGUUCAAGGUCCUUUCUAUAAGUCUGUUAUUAAACCAACGACAGAAAGCUGUUACAAUUUAUGCCUUCGAGAAGAAAAUUUCUAUUGCAAAAGUGGAACUUACUUUCCAAUUUAUGGUAUCUGUAGUCUGAGAUCGUAUAGUGAACCUAAAAAGCCUAAUUCCCAUUUCCCUUUUCCAAUGAUGACGUACUUGUAUUUCGAGAGGACAGAACGCUGCCGACCUGACUGCCUCCUGAAGAAGACUGUUGGAGUACAUCGCAAUUACAUUAGAGGAUCUGUUAAAUCCAUCAAGGCUAAAGAUCAAGAAGAUUGCGUAACUCAAUUUUUUAUAAAUAUGGGACAAAGCAAUUACAGUGACUUUUACUGGAAUUCAACAAAUAAAAAGUGUGCAGCCUUCCAACGAGGAACAGAUGUAGCUAACAUGCUACCUGACAUUACAUCUUUCGAAACCGAUUGCGUAAAAAAUUACGGAUGUCGAAUGAUAAGAUCUUCAAAAGCAAAUAUUACGAAAGCGUACGAAGAUUUGUACAAGACUUGCGAACAAAAUUGCCUUGAGAUUAGUCGUUCCAUGUAUGGAAAGAAAAAAAUGAAAAUAAAAAAUGCGUACUUUCGUUAUUUCUCGAAAGAAAUAAUCAAUCAAAUAAGAUAUGUUCAUCGCCUGAAGAUGCUUGUUUCACUGAGAAAACAGGGAAAGCAAUACGCUCAAGUCCAAUAG